CUGAGUCUCCACGACAGCCAGUGAGAUGAAUACACACUGCCUGACAUCAUCGCACACCAAUCCACAAUUCUACAUAUUCACACAGCUCUUUGAGGCUAGACACACGGGUGGCCCGCCUUUCGAUCUGAGCAGCAACUGGACCAGCAUACAGGAGGAGAGUUGGCUGGAUUUCUGGCAGCGCGAGGGCCACCAGCUGCUGGAGGAGAAGUGGAACAAGAGGUUUCCCGAAUUCAAGGAGAUCGUCGACGUCCGUGACGAGGCGGAGAGAGUACACUGGCAGGCGCUCUGGGAGGAGCAUGCCAAAGACCUGGGUGCUCGCUUUUGGCACAUAUUCAGCUGCGCCUUUGAGAACUAUCAGCACGAGCUGUUGAAAUCUUUUGGUUCCAUCAGUACAGAGGAUCUUGAGGAGAUUGAGCAAGAGCUGGAGCAGCUAGACGUACGCGGAAACCAGCCGAGGUAUAAGCGGAAGAAAAAGAUCGAUGCGAAAGAACCCUACUUGACGGCCAACGACGACCCCGAAGAUAUUGAAGAGGAGGAGCAGCGCAGACUUCUCGGCCUCCCAGUAGCCUUUGGCGCCCAGGCCAGCCACUCCAUACGGCGCAAGCCAAAAGCAGAGUCUGUGGUUGAGCAGUAUUUCAGUAGUAACGGCGACUCGGACAACAUGACCAGCGAGGAGGAACCAGAACCCCUGCACGGCGUGCAGAGUGGUUUCAUCAAAAAGAAAAAGCUAAAGAAGAAAAAACCCAACCCAAGUGUGGAUCAGAUACCAGACUUCAUAAAGGAGAAUAAAAGAAACAUGUUCAAGUACUGGCUGAAGCGCUUCUCCCUGUUCUCCCGCUUCGACAUGGGCAUUCGCUUGGACCGCGAGAGCUGGUUUUCGGUGACACCGGAGAAGAUUGCCAAGCAGACAGCCCGUCGUGUAGCCUGCGACGUAAUCCUCGACGCCUUCUGUGGCUGCGGCGGCAAUGCCAUCCAGUUCGCCCUCACCUGCGGCCGGGUCAUUGCCGUGGACAUCGAUGCAGAGAAGCUGGCGAUGGCCAAGCACAAUGCUGCCAUCUACGGUGUGGCUGAUAAGAUCGAGUUCAUUCACGCGGACUUCCUGCAGUUCGCGGCCAGCACCAGGCUCCGUCCGGACGUGGUGUUCUUCAGUCCGCCCUGGGGCGGUCCAAGCUACCAGAAACUGGCAACCUUUGACAUCGAAGAGAGUAUGCUGCCUGUGGGCGCCAGCCAUCUGAUGCAGCUGGGCCGUCGCCUCGCCGACAACGUCAGUUUCUUUCUGCCCCGCAAUGCCAGCAUGAGCCAGGUGAUUGCCCUCAGCGGCGCAGGACAGCAGUGCGAGGUGGAGCACAACUAUCUGGACACGCGUCUGGUGGCUCUGACAGCCUACUUUGGAAGUGGAUUGAUCAAAACUCAGCCGGAUGCCGCAGAAGGAGAAGUGAAUACAUCAGAGAAAGGUGUAGACUAGGAUUAAGUAUGAUCAAAUAUUAGAAGGGUGCUGUAGGAGAAGGAACACCAAAACUCAGACGGUUGCUGCAGAAGGAGGAGAGAAUCCACCGACGAAGCAUGUAGAUUAGGAUUAAGUAUGAUCAAAUCUUAGAAGGAUGGGAAGAAGGGAAGAAAACAGAGUAAACUGUUGAUUUACUUCAUCUUUAGAGAUGAUAGUACUUUAAGAUGAAGGUAUUUCGUGUUGUUUGUUACUGAGGCACAAAUUAUUAUAGUAGUUGCCAAAGAACUCAGUCCUUAUUCAGUGAGAAGUGAAUAUUUUCAGUUAUUUGAACUUUAAGUAGUCUUUAAGUAAUUAAUACAUAUUCCUUGAAUACUGAAACCAUAAUCCAGACGGUUAUUGGUUGGUUUUAAAAGGUAACCAGUCUCAUUCAUAAUUUCUCACCAAUCUGAAAUGAAUACUUGCCUACAAAAGUAUCAUUUAAAAGAGUUUAAUUGUUAGUUCGUGUGGAUUAAUGUCUAUAUUCGAAUAAGAAAUGCAUUACACUAAAAAGUCUAGCAUCUAGAUGUACCAAAGUCUUGCAAUCCAAGCACCAGAAGCACAGAAACUCGUAUUUUUUUUGUUUUUUGUUUCUCCCACAUUUGUACCUUUGUGUGUUUUGUCGUAAGUUUGCGCCUCUGUCUCUACCACAGGCAGAGGAUAAAACUGGACUAAUGAAUAAAGUCGCAUCCUAUGUAACACACAA